AUGAGCACCCCCACCCCCUCCGAAAUCGCCUCCGCGCACGCCACGCUACAAGCAGCGGGCCUCGCCGUACGGCGCGCGGUCGUCGGCGACGCACACGUCGACCGCUCCCUCGCCUCUGCCACGGGUUUCUCGCAGCCCAUUCAAGACCUGGUGGCAGAAGCGUGCUGGGGCGCCGUGUGGACGCGGCCCGGGCUCGAGCGGAAAACACGGAGUCUCCUGAAUAUUGCCAUGUUGUGCGCGCUCAAUAGGUCGCCGGAGUUGGCGCUGCAUGUUAGGGGCGCGAUUGUGAAUGGUGCCACUAUGGAGGAGGUUAGGGAGGUGAUGUUGCAGGUUGCGGUUUAUUGUGGUAUGCCCGCCGGGUUGGAGGGGACGAAGGUCGCGGAGAGGGUGUUGGGGGAGAUGAAAGAGAGCGGGGAGUUGGAAUAA